CGCGCAGACUCGGCGCAGCGGGACGCGAGCGCGCGACCUGGCGCCGCCGCCGCCUCCGCGCUCGUGGCCGGGACCCGCGGGGCCGCCUCGUCCCGGCUCCCCGGCGCCGCUGGGCCCGGGUCCGGUGGCAGGUGCAGCGCGGCCGCGGGCGCGGCCUGUGGAUGAGAGUUGGCCCCGAUCACCGCGCAGGGGACCCCGACCGUCAUGCUAAGGUGAAGCAGCGGGCGCCGGUGCUGAACAUGCUAAGGAGACUGGACAAGAUCAGGUUCAGAGGUCACAAGAGAGACGACUUCCUGGACCUGGCCGAGUCCCCCAAUGCCUCGGACACCGAAUGUGGGGACGAGGUGCCCCUGAAGGCCCCGCGGACCGUGCCCCGGGACGGCGACGAGCUCAGGGACCCCGCGGGGCCGGGGGCCCUGGGGAUGGCGGCUGGCGUGCAGGACUUCCACCGGGCGGAGUCAGACCGGCUCAAUGAGCUCAAGGGCCACCUGGAGAUCGCCCUGCUGGAGAAGCACUUUCUGCAGGAGGAGCUGCGGAAGCUGCGGGAGGAGACCAACGCCGAGACGCUGCGGCAGGAGCUGGAGCGGGAGCGGCAGAGGCGGGCGGAGCUGGAGCAGCGGGUGCAGGAGGUGCUGAAGGGCAGAGCCGAGGAGCAGGCGGCCCAGCAGCCCCCGAAGGGACCCACCCCGGCCAGUAAUGGAGCAGAGCGCCGGAACCAGGGGCUGUGUGCGCGGGCGCAGAAGUGGCUGCAGGAGCGGUUCGGGGAGUACCUGGAGGACUUCCGCUUCCAGCCCGAGGAGAGCCCGGUGGAAGCCGAGGAGCCCCUGAGCGCCCGCAGGCUGACGGAGAACAUGCGCCGACUGAAGCGCGGGGCCAAGCCCGUGACAAGCUUCGUGAGGAACCUGACCGCGCUGUCCGACUGGCACUCGGUCUACACGUCCGCCAUCGCCUUCGCCGUGUACAUGAACGCCGUGUGGCACGGCUGGGCCGUGCCCAUGUUCCUCUUCCUGGCCAUCCUGAGGCUGUCCCUCAACUACCUCAUCGCCAGGGGCUGGCGGAUCCGGUGGAGCAUCGUGCCCGAGGUCACGGAGGCCGUGGAGCCCCCCAAGGAGGACCUGACCGUGUCCGAGAAGUUCCAGCUGGUCCUGGACGUGGCGCAGAAGGCCCAGAACCUCUUUGGCAAGAUGGCCGACAUCCUGGAAAAGAUCAAGAACCUGUUCAUGUGGGUGCAGCCCGAGGUGACGCAGAAGCUGUACAUCGCGCUCUGGGCCGCCUUCCUCACCUCCUGCUUCUUCCCCUACCGCCUGGUGGGGCUGGUCGUGGGGCUCUAUGCCGGAGUCAAGUUCUUCGUCAUCGACUUCGUCUUCAAACGCUGCCCGCGGCUGCGCGCCAAGUAUGACACCCCCUACAUCAUCUGGAGGAACCUCCCCACCGACCCCCAGCUCAAGGAGCGCUCGGGGACCGCCGCCACCCGCAGGAUGCAGACGGCCGCUGCACGCAGCUACGUGGCCAGCGCCCCGUCGGGGCUGAGCCGGGACGAGGACGCGGGCCGCUUCCACGGCCCCAGGAAGGGGAAUUUCCACGAGAUCUUCAACCUGACCGAGAACGAGCGGCCGCUGGCCGCCUGCGAGAGCGGCUGGCGCUGCUGCCUUAUCAACAGGGACCGCAAGAUGCCCACUGACUACAUCCGCAACGGGGUCCUCUACGUGACCGAGAAUUACUUGUGCUUUGAGAGCUCCAAGUCCGGCUCGUCCAAGAGGAACAAGGUCAUCAGGCUGGUGGACAUCACAGACAUCCAGAAGUACAAGGCCCUCUCUGUGCUGCCCGGCUCGGGAAUGGGCAUCGCCGUGUCCACGCCGUCCACACAGAAGCCGCUGGUGUUCGGUGCGAUGGUGCACAGAGACGAGGCCUUCGAGACCAUCUGCGGCCAGUACUCCAAGAUCACGGCAGCGGCCACGGCGGCCACGGGCAGCGACACCUAGCACAGCGGGACAGCCGCGGGCAGCUGUCGGCAGCGGGCAGCGGCUCCCAGCACGGCUGGCGGUCGGCCUCCCAUCUCCGCCGUUGGGGAGUGGACGGGCAGGGGGCCGCCUCGUGCCCCUCCAUGGCGGCCCAGAGCCGUGGCCGCCCUGGUGCUGGGCGGUGCCUGUGGGCAGAGGGGGCACGGGACCCGCGGCUGUCCAACCAAAGCCAUAGCCGGGCUCGGGGCUCACUGCAGCCCCCUGGGCCCCGGGAGGCCAGGCCUGGGGUCCCGCGGGCACCUGCCCUCGAGGGAGGGGCAGAGUCUCAGGUGGAAACUGACCGUCCAGAGGCUCCGGUGGGCAGGGCUCAGGGCUGUCCUGCAGGCCAGGUGGACUCUGCAGUGACCCCCCCUGAGAGACCUUGACAGACCCCCAAGGUUUGGGCCUGGUGGUCCCCGCUCUGGGUCUGUGUUGGGGGUGGGGCCCCCCGGGAGCUGGGGGGUCUCUCCGGGGCGGCCCUGGGGGCAGCGUGGGGGCGCAGGCGUGGCAGGAGGGGGCGGGCUGGCACCCCCGCGCCUGCGGCCCCGAGUGUCACGGAGAUCGUUGUUUUUUGAAGACACAGAAGAUUAUAUUUUUACAGAGAGCAAGCCGUUUUUCUUAUUUUUGUAUCAUUUUCAGAUGUGAUUUUUAAUCUUCGCUCUGAUCCUAGUUUGCUGCUUCCGGGGGGGAGGUGGUGACACGGCCGCGGCUGCCCCCCGGGUGGUCUGGGGGCAGGAGGCAGUUGUGCUGGCCGGCGGGCCCAGCCCACACUGUCUGUCCGCGUCCUGUAGCCCGGGGCCACGCGCGGGGGCCGCGGAGCCCGAGCCCGGGUCAGACUGUAGGGCCUGCGAUGGCAUCGCGGCCGGGGACCCCCGUGGGGCCCGGGCGGGGGGGCGGGGCUCAGUUGGAGACCCCUUUGGGGAGAUGAAAACUGGCCACGUGCCGGGACCGCGUCCAG